AUGUACUUCGUGAUUGCUAACAAACUGCUUAGAAGAUUCGACUCAGCGAAUAUUCGACAUAUACCCAGGCAAGAGAAUCAAGAAGCUAACGAUCUAGCACAAGAGGCGUCAGGAUAUAAGAGAGGUGUCGAUGAAGAGCCUGUUCAAGUGAGAGAGAAAAUUCGAGCAACUGUGUUAUCUCCCUCAGAUUUGUUUGUAAUAAAAUUAGGGGCAGUCAAUGCCGAAAAUUUCGAAAUUUUUACAGUCGAUAAUGGACAAAGAGACGACUGGCUGAAUGGUCAAGUCGAAGCUGCCAACAAGGUAAUAAUCAGUCUGAUAAAAAAGCAUGUAGGAAAUAUACCAAAAACUUGGCAUAAGUCUUUAAGUCAAGCCCUGUGGGAAUGUCGAACAUCUCCAAAAGAGGCAACUGGCGCUACACCAUUUAGAUUGACAUAUGGACACGACGUCGUGUUACCACUCAAAGUAUACGUUCAAUCAGUAAGGAUACAAAGACAACGUGAGAUACCAUCCGGAAACUAUUGGAGUAUGAUGACAGAUGAGCUCAUCGAUUUAGAUGAAGAAAGAAUGUUGUCUCUAGAUUCGCUGAGAAGACGAAAAGAUAAAGUAGCUAGAGCUUACAAUAAGAAAGUAAGAAAUAAGGUGUUCGUUAUUAAUGAUUUGAUUUGGAAAGUAAUAUUGCUUAUGGACAGAAACGACAGGUUCCUAGGGAAGUGGUCACCAAACUGGGAAGGACCGUUUAAGGUAAUCCAAGUCUUUACCAACAACACUUAUGAGUUAUAG